AUGUCAAAACGAUCUCUAGACGUCACAGUUGAGAUUGGCGGUAUAUCGAAGCGGCAAAAGGCUACGCCAUUAAUACCACCAGAAAAGCUCACAUUGUUACGAGAAUACUACAAAGAGAUUCGCGCUUUCGUGAAAGCAGCGGAACUGGGCGACUCUGGCGAAUACGGCGCGCCUCUGGAACGACUUCUCACAUUGAACAAGACCACAUUACCAGUACUUCAAACGCUCGGUAGUGAGGGCUCUUCUGCCAGCCAAAAUGGCGACGACAAACCAAAAACAGCAGCACGAGCUGCUUCAAGCCUAGUUGUACCUACCCUCACAGCUUCCCAGGCAGUGGCUAUACAGAAUCCGAUGUCGUUAAUCCCAAGUCUAGUAAGCAUGACAGCCUGGACAGUCGAAGACAUUCCGACUGAGUAUCCGCCAUUGCCACCCAUCCCAGACGAAAAGCUUGAACAAAUGGCCUUGACACACCGUGGCUGGAACGAGGUCGCGAACUACGAGACGCUGGAGUUUCUAGGCGACGCUUUCAUCUACUACGCCGCCUCUGAGAUCAUUACACAGACGUUUCCGCACUUGACGCCUGGACGAAAGUCGCAGAUGCGAGAGGGCCUGCUACGCAACUCCAACCUGGCACAGUAUACAACACACUAUGGAAUUGAAAAGCGCGCCAGGCUCCCUGCCGAGUUCACAGACAGCGCGCCAGCGCGCGGCACCAAAGCGGCGGCCAAAGAACGAGAAAAAGUGAAUGGCGAUCUCUUCGAGGCCUACGUAGGGGCUUUGAUUCGUGCACGCCCGCCAGCCGCUGCGAAUGUGCCAGCAUACGACGGCGUCACAAUCGCCCUGCGGUGGCUCAAAUCCUUGUGGGCAAUGUCGCUCUCCAAAGAGAUUGAGCGCAAGUAUAACGUCCGUCGUACCCAGAUGCAUACCCAACCGUUUGCAGCUUCGGUCGACAAACCGCAACUGUCGAUGCAAGCCUUGAUCGCCAAUGCAGUAGCAAGUCCGGGUAAUGACACGCCGGCUACAACAACAACACCAACAACAACAACAACAACGGCGACAGCAACAGUCUCGACGGAAGCUGAUAUCGCAUCACAAGGUGACAAGAGCACACCAACGAAGGAACCAACCCAAGACUUCCCUCCGCUAAAGAAAACGACAUUGACCGCCAAGGUCCAGCUCGCUGCACUGAUCGGAUGCAAAGAGGUCAAAAUCCGGUACGAAGAUGCACCUACAAAAAAGGUUCUUCGGGAUAAACACAGCAAGAUGCCGCUGUUUACGGUGGCCGUGUGGGUAGACGCCUGGGGCAAAUCAGAGUGCCUCGGAUACGGUUCGGCGCUGAGCAAGAAGGAGGCCGGUGGAAAGGCUGCCGAACGAGCGCUGGAGAACAAGGCAAAGAUGAAGUUCUAUGUAGCCCAAAAGGCAAAUAUCUAUGGCGAUAAAAGCCAAGCACAUCCUGAAGCUUGA